UUUCCCGGACAGGACGCGUCUCUUACCACCGUUUUCGCUUCUGCCGGCCCGCGCGCGCUUCGUCCGUUAUGCCGUGCUGACAGCGACUGUGAAAGAGGAGGAGCGUGAGAGAGAAAAAAAGGACGCAGUAGUGGCUUUCCCACAUCACAGUAUCUCGGCCUCCGGUCGCUGCCACUCGGUUAAAGACCAUGGCCUACGACAUGGACACCAGUUCCUCUUCGGAAUUGUCCGCGGCGGCCGAGUGGCCGUCGAGAAACUGGACCGGUGCUGGCGGCGGUGACAACAGCUCGCCGCUCUACCUCUCGGAAGGCGAGGAGGAGGAGCCGCUGACCACAGUGGUCGCCAUGACCGUCGUGUACGCAGUCAUCCUGGUCACCGGCGUGACGGGCAACGUCUGCACGUGCAUCGUGAUCGCGCGAAACCGGUACAUGCACACGGCGACCAACUUCUACCUGUUCAGCCUGUCCGUGUCCGACCUGCUGCUCCUGCUGCUGGGCCUGCCGCAGGAGAUGUACCAGCUGUGGCGAAAGUACCCGUACGCCUUCGGCGAGGCCUUCUGCGUGCUCCGGGGCUUGACCUCGGAGAUGUCCACCAACGCCUCGAUACUGACCAUCACGGCGUUCACGGUGGAGCGCUACGUGGCCAUCUGCCACCCGCUCAGGGCGCACACCAUGUCUCAGCUGCCGCGGGCCAUCCGCUCCAUAGUGGGGAUAUGGAUCGUGGCCGGGGCGUUCGCCGUGCCGCUGGCGCUUCAGUUCGGCAUCGUGUACCAGCGCACCGCGGACGGGUCGGGCUUCCUGCCCGAGACGGCAGCGUGCAUGCUCAAGCGGCCCGUGGAGCACGCGUUCACCGUGUCCACGGUGCUCUUCUUUGUUCUGCCCAUCAGUGUGAUAUCGGUGCUGUACAUCCUCAUCGGGCUGCAGCUCCGCCGCUCCAACGCGGCCACGCGGCGCGACUGCUCGCCGGAUAUGAACGGCAAGAGCCACCACCCGAGGAGUAGCGCCAUGGUCCCCAUGCGCACGCCACGGCAGUCCGGAGGGGGCUCCAAGCGCGCCGUCGUCAAGAUGCUAGUGGCCGUGGUGGUGUCCUUCAUCAUCUGCUGGACGCCGUUCCACGCGCAGCGACUGAUCGCCACCUACGCCGACCAGACGGCCGCUAUGAUUCUUCUCUUCACUGUGCUCACCUAUAUUUCGGGAGUGACCUACUACCUCAGCGCCACGGUCAACCCCAUUCUGUAUCAGGUGAUGUCGCUCAAGUUCCGGCAGGCGUUCGUCGACACGUUCGGCUGCUGCUGCCCGGAGGUGGCGCGCAGCAAGGCCAACGCCGACCUGACCUUCGCCAGCUUCUACAACCACAACUCGGCCGCCUCGGUCCACUCGUCCGCCCGGACGCACCGACGGCGCAGCCUGAGCACGCAGAACCUGUCGCUCGCGGCUGCCGCCACCACCGUGUCGCCCACGCAGCUCGCGGCCCCCUGCAACGCGUUCGCGCCCAACGGAAGCGCCGUGCCUGUCCGAAAGAUGUCCUCCUCGUGGACGGACCUGCGCAACCUCGCCGGCUCCACAGACGGCGACGGCACGGCAGGCGUGGCUGCGUCGUCGAAUCGAACGCAGCAAUGCGCGGCUGCUGCCGAUCGGGACGCGUCGUCCCCGCCCGACGUAGUCAGAGUGGCCGAGGUUUGAUGAUGCGUCAAGCACUUGUGUUUGUAACGAAGUCGUUCGCGCUGCAGUUUCUCGGUCAGUCGCUAAGUCAGCCGUCGCCCCCUACGGUGGCUUAUAUACCUUUGAGGAAAUGUCGAUAACUGUACCGUCGAGUGUGUGAAAGGCCACGGGUAGGAACCGACGCGAGUCACUAUCGCAUGCUUCUUGUCUACUUCGGAAGAUGUCGGGAAAGGCGAGCACUGCUCCUCCUCAGUGUGGUGAACUGCGCUUCGCGUUGGUGCGAAUGACUCAGUGUGUCAACUGACAAUAGUUCGUCACUGACGACGUUGGCCUUAGUGCUCACUGAUUUGUCCUCUCAUCUAGAGUCGUCAGCGCUGCCGAGACUUGAUGAUAAGGGCUUAGUGACUCUUUCGGCAAUGUGCUGUGUAUUGUUGUCAGAGUCAGGGCACGUGCGUUGGUGCAAUAUUCUUCACGGCAUCAGCUUAUAGCUUAGACGGCUGACUCCUUGAUUUGAAUAGAUGGUUUGUAGGUGUGAUUGGGGAGACAAUGCAAAAGGUGACAAAGACAUAGUCAGAUAAAGGCACGAGCGUCCUUCUUUGUCUGCAGGAUUUACUAGUGCCAGCUCUUCAAAGAACAAAACAUGCGGUAGUUCAGUUCUGGCAAGUUCGAGAGGUUGACAUUAAUGAAACUACGUAGACAAGCUCGAUCGCUAGUCUGCUGUGACGAAUUGGUAGGCAAGUGGAGUAUACAUGAAUGAACGAUCCUGUCACAUAGGUCAAUUGAGACAUUUAAUGUGAAAAUAUUAUAUGCCCCAUUGCGCGAAAAUCCGGUGUUCGUCGGCGGCGUGACCAAGCGAUGGUACCGAAAAGGGCCGAUGGCGCAAGGAGCAAAACACGUUAAAAAUUCGCUGAUUGACGUCAAAUUUCUCAGGCAGGAUCCGGCAAACAAAGCAAAUUAAUGGCUUUAAAAGGAAUAUUUGGUACAUUUGUGUCUGGGUGGCAAUCGAAGCCGCGCCUGCGAGGUGCGAUACCAGCCCGCUUCCCCGACGCCACAGCGACUCAACGGUUCUGGCUGACUAAAGGUGUGCCUAGCGCGUGCGUCAUCGCACACGUCACGUCGCUGCCAUCUGGCUGACUAAAGGCGUGGUCUAUUGCGUGCUUCAUUGGGCACCUGACGGCGCAGCCAAUGAGGAUGAGGUGGCGCCACGUCAUGAGUGUACAAAAUGAGCGCGCUGCCUCCCAAUCGAAAACAUUCACCAAAGGGACUACAUUGCUUUGGAAUUCUUAAUCGUAAGCAGUCUUAAAUUUCUCUGCCGAAUUUUCUUUUUAUAGAAGCUCAAGUAAUAGACGGUUUGGGUCUUGUAGGCCUCAUUCCUUCGGUGUGUGUGCGUGCUUAGCUGCGCCUAUGUGUUGUUGUUUCUGAUGUGUUGUUGUCUCCGAUGCGAUGCCUUUGUAAUCGUAUUGAACGAAUCCUUAACGUUGUCCAGUGUGGCGCGAUAAAGGAAAAGGGGCUGGUCUUGCGUACCUUGGGGGAACUUUCUCUUUUUCCCAAUCGACGGAAGCCUCUUAAAUGAGUUCGCAGCAUCUGUCAUAUUAUAUGCCGUGGACCACGUACUGACCACGGUGAGGAUCAAGGACUAGUCGGACUGUAUAAAGCAGAAAACUGUUCUACAGGCUUAGCAAGCACUGUACCCGUAACCGCGGUUGGAGAAGCCCGUACUGCAUUUUUUACCCAACUAAUGACUAAGAGUGUGAGACAUGUUUAUGAAUAAUUCCCCUCAUCGCUUUUUUUAUUUCUUCUAAUGCGAUAAUCGACGCUCUCGAAACAAAAUUACAGUGUUGUUGCCAUCACCGAGUCGUACGCUGACAUAUGCGUCAUCAUUUUCUUAUACGCACAAUUAGGUUCUUCGAUCUUCUUAUGGCAUUGCACGAAGUUUCCUGCAACAUAGUCUUCAGCUUUUUAGAAAGACCUGUAUCAAACGAAUAUUAUCAGAUGUAGUGCACGUUACGAAGAGUGUAUAAUUGGCUCCGCGACAAUUUGUCGUGUAGAUUUAACACAAACGUAAUUUAUUUUCUAUUAAUUUGACACUGUCAGGUCCUACCAGCCACACUGGCUCUUUCAGGGCUGAUGCGUACAGCCUUCCGUGACAGAAACAGGCUGGUGCUCGUUAAAACCUACCUGCAUUUCUAUGGCGUACGUAUGGCCUUAUGCAGAAUACAAGAGUAUUAAUACAAAGGUUCCGUGUGAGCUGUCAGAAGCUUAAACUUGUCAAAGCCGACAAAAGAUUACAUCUGUGAAAACACCUCAAGUGUUUUCAGAGAAGGAUAUGUGUUGGGUGACAUCCAGAAAGUUCGAAGGCAUUGUCCACGUCAUUGUGUUGUGAGAAGUACGGGCCUUAAGGCUAGCGUGCUUUACGCAUGCAAUCAGAAUGACCAUCUUAUAAGAGAGGCAUUUCCACGAGCUUGAACAGGUGUGAGGCCGGCCAUUAAAGCUAUAACAGAGAUGUCCUUUUUUGCCACUUCUACUGCCAAAUGCCCUCACCAGAAUAAACAGCUGUGACAGUUCUUUUUCAUUUGAUAAACAUAUGUUCUUUCUUCGGAAGUAUUUUGCUGUUGGUGCUUUAUGAUAACAGUCCCAAUAUCAUUUUUUUUCUUUGCAGCAACAUCUGUAGCAGAACGUGUCUCAAUAUAUAGAAGUGCAUUAGCUGAAGAGGAUGAGGUGCUCUUGUUCCGAUAUCUUCAGCAUCAUAUUCUUGUCUUCUGCUGCGUCGACUAGCCUAUUCCGCUAGCAUAGUCAAAGUGGUAUUCUAGUUCAUCGAGUAUUUGCAGUGCACAUGCAAUGUUGCAGUAACUACAAUGAGACUUCUGGGGUUCGUAUUAAGCGGACAUCAAACAUCAAAAACAUCAGGUGCAUUUAUUUAGUCAAUUGAAACUCAUGUUUUAUUGCCCAUAGACCUUACGGUAUUGAUAGCGUCCCUGGUUUAAAAAAGGUAUUUGUCAUUUUCUUCUUCUCUUUGAAUACUUAGCUAUAAAAAGAUCACAAAUGAUGGAUUAGAAAUUAGUUAACACCGAUCUUGGUUAAGAGCUCGGACAUCAGAUUUCAAUGUCUCGCGAAUGCUUUGCCUGGUAAAGUAUCAGUCUGAUAUCAGCUCCGUUAUAAAGCACAGUAGUGAGAACAUUAACUCCUGAACGUUAGCUGUGAGAAUUCUGUGAUACUCAAUCAUUUUGUACGUCAUGAAACUAUGAAUAGGAAAUACUUAUCUCUGCUAUCGUAGAUAAAAGUGCGGAUAGAAAAUUAAUGCGCGGAUGUUGCGAAGUGCCGAGAUGGCGGUUAGGCAUGGCGUGUUCACUUCUGUAUUCCGCAAAAAAGAAAAGAAACCCAAAUGAGAAGUUAACGAAAAGCUAAUGGUGAACAAUGACUGACCAGCAAAGAAAGCUAUAUAGAAUGGAAACAUUGAAUGUAUAUUGUAAUAAAUUCCCGGGGUAACAUAUACACACGCCGCAAGCCGCAUAGCAGGUGUCAAAACCUGGGUUACCUGAAAAAGUAGGGUUGAAAAACGUUUGUCGUUAAGCUUAUCUACCCAUACGCUCGUUCACGCUAAGCAACAGGGAUAAAAUGCUCAAACGCAGUAGCCUUGCGUAAGUUCUCAAAGAGGCUGCAUUUUUCGCGGACCACCCUGCUUAUUUUUGCAUUCACUCUAUAUACACAUUGUGAGCAUAGUUUUUUCUGUUAAAGCUUAACGCUUGUGAGCGUGGCUGACAGAGCAUUUCAGACGCUAUUACGCGAGGCUGACCUUCUUUCUUAACAUGAUAUUCGGUGUCACACGUACCUUCUAGUGUCUGCUAAGAUUCUGUAAGUGUGCGUUUACACAUGUGAUCCUUGACUUCUGUAAACGACACUACGCUGCAUGUGCUAUACUUCUGUUGUUGUCAAUAUAUGAGUACCUGGUGUCACGUUCAGCCCCAUUCACUGUAAAUGAUGUAUAACUGUGAGUCGUGUAUGUGCUUGUAGUUUGUAUGGCUUGUAGCCAGCCCUCUGUAGCGUACCUGGUCCUGUAUACGCCAUUUGACAGGUCUCAUAACCACGGACGAAGGAACGGAUGAAAGCAUGUAUCGAAGACUGUUAAAAUCUAAUAAUUAUUGUUUUUGAGUACUUCUUAACAGUCGGUAAAUGGCAAACAGCAAGCGCGCCGAAACUUCUGUUCAGCGUGCUUGUUUUGUCGCACAACCUUAAAUCUGCAGUUAAUUGGCAGUUUGAAAAAUGGCGCCAUGAAACGAAGCCUUGAAAAUGCACCUCCUUUUUCAAAACGUCUGCCUGAGUAAGUUUAUUAGAAGCAAAAACAAUAGCCCAGAGAACUUUACGCAUGCAGCAGUAGGGAAAAAGAACACCGUCGUUUGCGCUGUUUUAAAAUACUUGAAACAGUGUAAACUGGAGGGCUUCGCUCUCGCGGCGUUAAAUCACUGUUUCUCGCUGUUUCACGACAUUUCUUUACGAAUAGAAUUACAUGACGUUAUCUCAGAGUUAUAGUACACUGCAAACAGAAUUUCAUUUAUAGGAGAAAAGAAGCUCGGUCAGUUUAAGUAUCAGAAAGUUAUGCCACUCAUUCUUCGUUGGGGUGUUUUGCUGCUGCGCGAAGUCUGAGUUAAAAGCGACAUUGACAAAAGAUUGUUGUCUUGCAAUCGCUUUAAUCCGUUGUGUACCGCUUGCUAUGAUGAAGGAGAUCCCGUUUCGUUGAAGUGGAAGUGCUAAUGUCGUGUCUUCGGCGGAUCUCAGCAAACUUGUGAUGAUCAUUUUAGUUUCAGCUAAUUAUUACCCAAUUAUAAAAUACACUUGAAUAACUUCCUGAUAUUUUGCGUCUGGGAAAAUGUUGCAUUUCAAAAUUCAGACCGCACAUAAUUCUGAACUUGCCAGUCAUUCGAAGCUGUGAGACAAGGGUCGGUGUAACGAAAAUAUCAUUUUCCCUCGAUUCUAUGAUUUUCUUUCGGCAGAUGACGAUGAUAAUGGGAUCGCAUAGCUGUUCAUCUCACUGACAAAGCAGUAAAACAAACAGAUUUGGACUAGAAUAGCUAUUCUGUCAAUACCUAGCGCUAGUUUUGAGAUAUCUCUCUUGGCUUCAGGGUAACUGCAUUGAUAUCCUGUAGUUUUUUUUUUCCCCAGAAACCGUUUCUUGCGCCACAAAACAAAACCACAUUAAACACCCAUGUUUAUUUUUCAUGGCCGACUUGGGGGACAAAUAUGCGUAAACCCUGGAAAGAUGCAAGAUUCAUAGUUAUUGGACAUGCCUUGGGCACUGAUUUUCUCAUAUUUUUUUAGUUAACAACAUGUGGCCUAGACCAAGCAUUGAAAGCGCCAACCUUUGAACAACAGCUAAUUUCUGAUUCAAUACAAUGACGUUUGCCGUCAUCAAAAAUGCCUUCGCCCCGUCCUUCAUAAUGAAUAUUCAUUUUGACUGCACAUUCUUCAAGAAUAUUGAAUCUUAGUUAAAGCAGGCGGCACAUAGACAUAAACAAACGCAUGCACACUUUCCUUAUCUCGCACGUGCGUAUCGUAAAACUUCAAUCAGGGCAGUGUUACAGGUACGCUGAAGAUGCCACUUCGUCAUUUGAAAUCGGCAAUUUUCAUGCACAGGGCGCUACGUAGAAUCCGGUAUCAAGUCCUUAGAUAGGUAUAUAGGCCCUCGUUUCCCUGCAUCACUACCUCUUUUUUUUUUUGUUCUUCGCCUUUCGAGCGCUGUGGUUUUUCUCGGACAUUCAUAACUUGUAGUCACACCGUAGCCGCUCGUCCUUGUUCGAACUCGCGAACACAGCUUUCAAAACACGAGGCGGGCAAUUUAGCCUUAGACUCAAUAUCGAGCACCCAAAGUACAAUACGCUUCAAGUGUUCUAUAUAGAAUGGAGAAGUUCGUUCAUUUUAGGAACUACUGCGCGGAAAGAAAAAGCGCGACCGAUUUCUGUUACAGCGUGUUUUCUUGGGUGGCGAAUGCCCGCAAUAGAAUAUGAAUUAGAUGACGUAGUCUCCUUCAAGGCGGCAGAUUAUCGUACAGAUAGGAAUGCUGGAUGAUGGCGUUUCCAAGUCGCCAUAGUUAAGGAGAUCUCUUCUGACUUCCAAUUUUUGUGAAGGAACUUGCUCCGAUUUACGUAGCAGGUGAAUACAUAGCUUUGCCGUAAAUGUACUUGUGUCUCGCGGGAGCAUCUUUGAAAUAAUUCAAUCUUGAUUUGUAGUUACGUGCACAAAUGUUACAGACACUAAAAAACUCGAGGAAACUCGUGUUUCUUUUUCUUGUGUCCCUUUGUUUGUAUGGUUUAACAUGGUGGUGGUAAAAGAGAACGUAGCUCAAUUCGGCUUGACGCACGCUUUUUCUGAAGGUCUCUUAGAAUACUUGAAUCAAUCAUUUGUUUGAAGAUGUGUACAUCUAGCUUGCUAAACACUCGAAAUUGCUUGUUCUUUGAAUUUAAAGCAAGAGAAACUUUGUGCGUUGAACUGCAUAAAUUUCUCCCUAAAGAGUGAUGCUCUCAGAAGUGGGCACUUACUUCAAACUAUGUUCUUGAUAGGUGGUUUACAAGCUUCCUCAAUGUGGCUGCUACGUAUAAUUAAAAUACGCAAAAAUCUUGGAACUUUCCUGACAACUACCACUUGCGGAAGCUCCUAUAAUGUUUACAGGCAGUAAGUCUACGUAUGCUCAGGUGACAUUUAUGCUCUGACGCGUUCGGCAUGGUGACAGCGUGUUACGAACAACGCAGCCAAAAUAAAGCAAAUUUUGCAGUGAAGCAUUACCAUUGAUGUUAACUUAACAGAAUAAUUGCUAAUAGCGAACGUCCCGAGACAGUUACCGCAUUAUUAUUCAGCUAAAGUAUUGUCGUAUAAAUGAUGGAACGAACCAGGCACUAAAUGAAGCUCUGGAAGAUUCUGCUUGCACUAACAAAACCAAUCAUUAGUCUAUAGUCCAUGCUAGUCUAGGUACGUAGUGUUCAAUCUACCUGUUAUCUAUGAAGUUGAUAUUAUUUUCUCGUUCUAUACUUUCAUUUCGCCUCUCAAUAUAACUAUGAAUCUAAAGACACAGGGGAAGCAAAUAUGAUUGCUACUAGAUAUUUGCGAAGGUGAGAAGUCAUCUUCCGAAACCCUUUUCAGAACGCGUUCCUCUCGAGCUUAUGAAAUAUCCAGACACAUCAAUGUAAAUACCAUACUUCAAUGUACCAUUACGAUGUCGUUUGAGAAGCUCACAGAAAAAAAAAAAAACAUUACGGUGCAUAUGUCAUCGCAUGUCUUGCGCGUGUGUACGGAUCUAUUGUCUGCGUGUUUAUGUAUUCAUUUGAGGGAACAAUGACUUCACGUCGGUCUUGUCCCAAACUACUUUGCCGUGUUGUUCACGCGUUGACGAUAUGAUUGAAAUAUGUACCACAAGCAUAAACUGUGAACUGGCUCUCGUCGCCGCUAUGUAUGUACGUGUUCUCGUGGUGUGCAGCUUCUCACUGGAACACCGACCUUCACUCGGCUGUUCUCGUAAUGCCGUAUUUUGCCCGUUAUGAAUAAAUGACGUAAUGUUUCA